AUGUCGUCCACACCGCUCAUCACCUUCAAAGCCGGCAAGUGCGUGUCGGCCAACCGCAAAGUCCGCCCCGACCCUACCCCAGGCUACCUCUACAUCUACUCCGAAGACGACCUGCUCCACCUCUGCUGGCGACCCCGCUCCGCCCCCUCCACAGACCCGGAGCUCGACCUCCUCAUGAUCCCCGGCGAUGGUACCUUCCACCCUCUCGUCAAGAACCCCGGUGCCGAAGCUGUAGAGUCACCAACCAACGGCCGCAUAUUCGUGCUCAAGUUCAGCUCGAGUAGCCAGAAAUACUACUUUUGGAUGCAGUCGGCGCCACAGCACAAGGAGGGGAACCAUGCGUGGUUUAGUCAGCGGGAUCAGCGGAUCGGGCAGGUGGUUGAUGCGCUUUUGCAGGGAGAGGAUGUGGAUGUGGAGGAGGAGGAGCGGGCGAUUCGGGAGGCGGGAGGUGGCGAGGGUAAUGGUGGUGCUGAUGGAGACGCGGAUGCGAUGGAGGUGGAUCAGGAGAAUGGGCUGACGAGGCAGGGCAGUGGUGGCGCGGGCCAGGAUGCUACGGGUGGUGAUCCGCGGGAAGAGGGACACUCGAGUAGAGAGGGUGGCGCGGAUGGUGGAAGAGCACCCCAAGACACGAACGACCUCGUCCAGAACUUCCUGCGCUCCAUCCAAUCCGGCCCACAAUCCUCCUCCACCACCACACGAUCACCACAACAACCAGCAGACAAACCCUACACCACCCUCCCCGACCUUCUCACCCCGGCAACAACCAUCCCCUUCAUCGACUCCGCCACCCCGUCCCAGGUAGACAACCUCUGCGCCUACCUCCCCCCCGACCUCUUCCUCCUCCACCAAGCCUCGACCACCACCCCCUCAUCCUCCGACCCAAACCCGACUCCCGCCGCAGCCCAAGCAGCCAUCGACGCCCUCUCCUCGGACCAAAAGAAGGAUAUUCUGAAGAAAGCACUACGGAGUCCGCAGUUCACGCAGAGUCUGGGGAGUUUGACCGUGGCGUUGCGGGAUGGCGGGUUACCUAUGAUUGGGGAGGCGCUGGGGUUGAAGGUGAGGAAUGGGGGCGUGAUUAGGGGUGGGAGUUUGCCGGUUGGGGGUGGGGAGGCGGUGGAGGCGUUUGUUGAGGGGGUUAGGGCGACGGUUGAGGAGGAGGGGGAGGGGAAGGGGCGGGGGAAGAAGUGA